UUCGACAAAUGAUCGAUCUGAUGACAAAGGUUUUCACAGAUCAAAUGCAUCAGCGCUUAUCAUGGACCCAAAUUCUGUGUGGCAUUGUCAUUCAAUUCCAAAGCAAACAUUUGGGGUCGAUCAGAAGGAAAGGUUGCAACUUGGCUGGUACCAAAGAUCAGUGACUGUGACAUCCUACAAUCACAAGCAUCUUAGUUACUUCAAGGUUUUAUUGUUUCACAAAAGAAAAAAGCUAAUCCUCUUUCUGCACUUAGCACAACAACACAUAAGGUUAAGUUGCUGUAGUUUUAGGGAUAUAUAUACAGAUAUAAUUUCAGAAAAUUAUGAAAUCCAGUCUGUUCAUAAAUUUGGCUCAAGAAUUUCAUUUUACAGUGAGACAACAAAGGAGGAGGGGAAGAAGUAAGCAGAAAGGAAUAGGGCAUAGCCUUAACAGCAAGCAAGCUUUUUGAGGACAAUGUGCUUCAAGCCAUGUGACAAAAGCAGUUGAGAUGGGAAUCCAUGGAGGUUUAGUCAAGAGUGUCUUCUCGAGAAAUCGAUCUUUUAAGACUCAUGAGAGCAAUGGGAGGAACAAUAUGACAGAACGGAGAAGAUGGAGCUCAGGUAGACUCAGAUCAUAUCUAUGUGGGGACGAAUUCAAUUCAAUGGUUGUAGACAAGGAUUCAGCUUCAGUUAAGAGCUUUGAAGCUAGUGUAUCGCAGCUCAAUUCAGUGAUGGUUGAGGUGGAUUCUUGUUCUGCUGAGAGCUCUGAGGCCACUGUCACACAACCAUUGCAAGAAGACUUAGUAGACAAGAAAGAUAUGCCCGUCUGCAACACAAUGUCUGAGGAGCUAGCAGCAAUCAUCAUCCAGUCAGCAUUUAGAGGCUUCCUGACUAGGUAUCAGAAUGAAGGGAUCAAAUCAGAGGGUAGUAAACAGGAGCUUGUUGUAGGAUCAGAAAGUCCAAGUAUGGAGUCUCUGGGGACAUCAGUUGAAGGUCAAACAGCAAAUUCGAUGGAAGUGCACUCAGUACAGGAGGAAAACUUGGCUGCUUAACAGCGGCUGACACAGCAGAAAGCUAGAGCUCAAGUGCUAAGGCUUAAGGAAGAUUGGGAUGAUAGCACAUUGAGUAGCAACAUGUCAAAAAUGAGACUGCAGAACAGAUUGGAGGCGACAACCAGGCGUGAGAGAGCAUUAGCUUAUGCCUUUUCGCAACAGCUACGGAUCUGUUCAAAGAAAAAACAAGCAAGAUCUGAUGGCACAGAACAAAAUAUGGGGUGGAGCUGGCUAGAACGAUGGAUGGCAACCCGCCUGCCUGAAAACUCAGGCUCCUUGGUCGAAACUCCUACAAGCAAUACACAUCUUGUUGAGCCAAUUGAUAGCAACCAGAGAAUUGUAAAGAUCAGGAAGAGAUUAUUUGAUGGAAUGAUUGAAGAAAAAGAAAGCUGUGGAUCUAAUGAGGUGACUGUUGCAUUUGAUAAUUUUUCAGUAACAGAAGAAUUAGGCAGUAGCUUCAACUCAGUUGAUCAAAACAGCUUCAAGGCUACAAAAGGUGUAUCACGACGGAAAACUGUGUCUAGUUAUGAGUAUGGGAAAGAUUACCUCAAGGUAAGCAAGAAGGAUUAUUUAAGGGAGGCUGAUAAAGAUGCAAUCGACAAGUCAAAGAAAACCCGGAGUGUCAUGUGCAGAAACUCGUCAUUUUGACAAUUACAGCUUUCUCAUUAGUCUUGUUGAAAUUUGACAAUGUAAGAGUAAAUAAGCAGAUCCUUGGUUUGGGAUUGUGUGAAUUGAAGUAUUUUUCUUGAUGACUCAUGUAAAUGUAGUUAAGCAAUGGAGAAUCAUCAUGCUCGAGUUUCAAAAAUGUUCAGAAGUGUACAUGCUCAGUAUCUGAGAUUGAAAUGGAGCUUAUUAUUGUGUUACUGACAACUGUAAUCUUUAGCAUAAAAAUAAUCAGCUUUAGACAUUCUGCAAUCUAAAGAAUU